AUGUCGAAGUCAACUGCGACAGAGGUAAGUAUGUAUGUAUGUAUGUAUACAGACAGAAUAUACUCCAGGGAAUACACCACACAAACGUUUUGCUGGUGGGAGGGCAUAGGCGUACGAGACAGGUGGCAGGGGAGCAACUGCCCCCUCCCCCCCCCCCAAAAAAAAAAAUGCGAGGAAAAGUCAAGAAAAUUAGGGCAGAUUUAUCACAAUUCUCCAAAGUUACAAUCCUCUUAAAUUAACCCCCCCCCCCCCCGAACAAACCAGCCCCGUACGCCCAUGUGGGUGGGGUAGGGGUGCCUAGAUGAGGGGGCCACAAAUAUUAAAAAGAUAAAGUGAUUUAUGCAUAUAGAUAUAAAAUGUCAACAGUCUAGUAUCCCAGAUCAAAUGCAGAAUUUUCCCUGGGAAUUCUGAUUUCAACAUUUUCCGGGGAGAGAGUGGAUUAUGGACUAUUUACAAGAAAAGUCAGUAAUAUAUUUGUAACUAUGUAAGAUAGAAAGGAAAGAUGUUUAUUGUUUUAACGUUUUAUUGUCAAUACUAGCACUUUUCGUUGAAACGAAGAAGCGCUACAGAGCGUUCACAAGACGAAUUUAAUUCAAAAUACGACGCAAUGCCAACCCAUUUAUUUCUUUUAUUAAAUUAGUCGGCAUAAUUUUUGAUAAUAGUGCAACGUGCGAAGGCUUAAAUUUAAAUAGAAUUUACCACCAAUAUGGACUUUGUUUUCUAAAUAUUAUAGGUUUCUUUCAUCAGUCAUAAUUCUAGAAAAUUUACACCACAUAUCAUAAAUAACUUCAGCAGAGGAGAUGCUUUUGAAUGCGCUAUCCCACCAACAGCUGCAAAGGACUGGAAUUCAGCAACGCUUGCAUGUUAUUCUGAGUCUCAACAAGUUUUGGAUCCAUUUAUUGUGAAAUCAAUUCCAUCAGAAAAUCAAUUACACUCGUGGAAGAGGGACAUUAACAACAAUGGUAGAAUGAAAUACAUUCAGACAUAUUCCGGUACGUUAGACAUCAAUUGUAUCAAUGUCCUGUUGAAGUUGCACACUGCCAAAAAUAUCCAGGCAGCUGUACAACAAGAGGUCAACUGGUUUUCCAAGUCAUACAACAAACCACAGACAGUCUCGCAACAUCCACCAUAUUCCUCGAUUGCAGAUUUCCAGAAAAUGCUUUACCUCAACAGAUAUGAUGCAAUAUGCAACGAAAAUGGUAUGACACCAAUGGAGUUAGCAAUGGGAUGCGUUAACCGUUGGCUUUCUUCUGAUCACAUAACUUGGAUGAUGAAAACCUUAACAGAAUCCCAAAAUGAUACAUAUUGCAUUUUUUUGAAUGGCGCACUAAACACAGAUCCAAAAACUUACCGCCGAUUCAGAAAUGGAAACGCUAAUCUUCCAUCGAAAUUUAUCUUUGCACUUAAUGUCGGUCGGGAUGAACGUGGAACUUUCCUUGGUGCUGACGACAAGCGAGGUUGUCACUGGACUUUAUGUCAUGUCGAUAUCGUGGCAAAGAAAAUUGUCUACGGGGAUUCCCUUGCCUGGCCUUUUCCAAGUGGUUUGCUGUGCAGGGUAGAGAAAUACAUAAAAGCGGUUUGUAAAGAUGACGAAAUUUCCAACUAUUCAAUCGUCAUGUUGCACGAUUCUCAAAAUCAGAAUCUCAUGUCUGGUAUGCAUCGUUGUGGAGCCACUUGUGCCCAACUUUACCCGCUGCAAACAUGCACUAAUAUAUGCGGAAUUGUUGUGAUGAUCGUAGCAGCAAUAGCUUGUCACAAUUUUGAAUUUUUCCAGCACAUCUCAACCAGCCAUAGCAAUGCUACCACCUUCCCUCCUAUAUUUCUUCAGACCCCAAGUAGGUUUGGGAAAUACCUACGCUUCGUUGUUGCAUCCUGGUUGGCAAGUAAUUCAGUGAACUUGGAAUACGUUGUCCCUCGGUUAUGGAAGCAGCAACAAGAUCAUCUGACCUCUUCCUGUUCCAUGACAUACGAUGACGGAGAAUCACACAAUAACAUCUCAACACCCUCCAUGGACGGCAGCAAAGAUGAAUGUAAAACCAGCAAUCAGGGUAUUGCAGCUAGAACACUAGAUAAUGGCACACCGGUCGUUGUAAUCACUAGCGACAGCGAUGGCGACGUAACCUCCCGGCCUGCAAAUUAUAUGAAACAUGAUAAUCCCGUUGUCUCUCCAACCAAAAAGUCUGUUCCUGUAAAAGAAAAACACUACAAAUGUUCUCAUUGUGAUUCUAUGUUUACGAGAAAAUUCACGUUAAAACGACACAUCCGAAAUAAACAUAUACACGAGCAGCCCAACGGCAACUGUAGUUGUCGUGAUUGUGGAUUUAAAUGUCACAAGAUAACUGUUUUACGAAAGCAUCUGGCAAGGACACACAAUGUUCUCUUCAGAUCAGAAAAAUUAAUUUUGGAAAACAUGAAUGGUUAGUUUAUGAUAAAUUAAUUCUGAUAAUAUUAUAUAAUUUACGGAUCCAUUGAUAGAAAAAAAUGUUAGUUUAAUGAUGUGGCGUAUGUCACCUUCAUUGACCUGUACAGAACAAAGGAUAGGUAUUUAAUGGACCAUACCCCCAAUUAACCAAAAUUUUGAUCUAAACAAGUCUAGACAAAAAUUUAAUCACAGCUUGAAAGAGCAUCACAAAAUUAGUAAUAUUCCAAAGUUUCGUUGCAAAAUGUUGUAAAUGCGGAUAAUAUAGUCUUACGAAGUUUGCAAACGGGAUUACAAACGGGAAUGGUUACCACUUCUGUGCGUAAUACAAAAUGACUGGAAAUUACAAACUUCGCAAGGCUAUAUUAUCCGCAUUUUAUAACAUUUUGCAACGAAACUUUGGAAUAUUACUAAUUUUGUGAUGCUCUUUCAUGCUAUUGAUGGAAUUUUGUCUAGACUUGUUGAGAUCAAAAUUUUUGGUAAUUUGGUUAAUUGGGGAAUGGUCCAUUAAGGUGGUCAAUACAGUUUUUUAAAAAAUGGAAAAUUUACGAUUUAGAUGCGUAUUUUUGGACAAUUAUUACUUGUUGAUAAACAAAAAGUACCUUAUAUAAAACAACAUCUAAAGAGUUUGAAUUUUUGCACAAAAGUUACGCAACUGCCGUUGCUAUGGCAACAAUGACGUUUCAAGAAGGCGGAUAUUUUGGCUUUAAAGUAAUUUAACUCGUAAUCCACAUCGGUGACCCCCAAUUUUAUUUUAAAAAAUGAUUUCUCUUAGUAUAAUCAAUUAUUUUGACAAUUUAAAAAAGAUGAUUAUUUAUAAUAAUUUCUUUUUGUCUGCACAGAAUUUUUUUUAAAUUGUCAAAAUAAUUGAUUAUACUACGAGAAGUCAUUUUUUAAAAUAAAAUUUUGGGGUCACCUAAGUCGUUUACGAGUUAAUUUACUUUAAAGCCAAAAUAUCCGCCAUCUUGAAACGCCAUUGUUGCCAUAGCAACGACAGUUGCGUAACUUUUGUGCAAAAAUUCAAACUCUUUAGAUGUUGUUUUAUACUUUUUGUUUAUCAACAAGUAAUAGUUGUCCAAAAAUACGCAUCUAAAUCGUGAAUUUUCCAUUUUUGUAAAAACUAUAUUGAGCCUUCUUAAUCCUACUUGUUAUAACCUAAUUUUAUUUUUAAUUAGAAUUUCAGGAGUGGAAAGGAUCGGUCGAAGAAAAAGAAGUUUGCACAUUUACCAAGAAAACUGGCAACAAAGGACAAGAAGGUAACAUCCAAUACUUCCAGUGCAACCGAGGAGGAAUUUACAAACCUGGUGGUACUGGGAAAAGGCGAACGAAAUCGCAAGGUUCGAAAUAUUAAUUUAAAAAUUAAUUAAUAAUAUAAUCCGACCGGCUCGUCACCCUGGAGCCGGUUGUUCAAAGUUGAAUUAGCGUUAAACCCGAGUUAAAAUUAAUUUAAGCAAAUUUAAGCAGCUGUUUGGUUUGGGUACAUCUGCAAACCCGUUCAUUUCAAAACUGGAGAAAAUAUUACGUUUAUUGAUCAGACAAUAGUUCUGGAACACUAUCUCCCUGUUUACAAACAAACUGUGUAAGUUUGCUUUCGUCAACCUAACCAGCUUUUGAACAACCGGGUCCGGAGAAUAGAAUUGUCUCACAUUGUAUCUUAUCAUGGUAUCUUAUCUUUUUAAAGCAUGAGCAGCCGCUCUGUAUCUGACUCUUCAGCCGGUCUGUAUCUAUCGCGUUUGUAAAUCAAAUACAGAUCGGAUGCGAAUAUUAGUCUUACUUACUAGAAAUACAUGCAUUGCAGAAACCACUCGCCUUGCUGGCAAAACCACUAUAUUUUCCGAACAUGUUAACUUUACUCUUUAGACUUCGCUAAUUACGCUUUUCUUUCCCCAGGGGUAAAUAGCCGUGCGGAAUUAGCAUCCUACGCCGCUCCGCGCCGUUCGCUCGGGGAUAAAACGUCAGGAUGAAAAUGUUAAUAUUCGUCUUUUAUCUCAAAAAAAAAAAAAAAUUGGUGUAAAUCAGGACAAAAUCUGUAACCGAUUUACAGAUAUAUUAAUUAAAUAUGUAUUUCUUUUGAUAAUUAAAAAGAAACAUAUUUGAAACUCAUUUAAUAAUAAUUCAUGAUACAUAAUUUAAACUGAAUACUGAAUACUAAGCAUAUUUGGAAUUAACGCGCGCAAAAAAGCAGAACACCGAAUAAAAAAAAAAGCAUCGAACAGCAGGUGCAUUGUACAUGAACCUAACCUAAUAGGGUUUAAUUCUACUUUGAGAAUAUGUAGCUUCGAUUUCAUUUUCAAUGAAUCGCCUUUUUGAAUGUUCUCGAUAGGUACAUGCAAGAUACAACAUAACUGUACAUCAACAAUUAAAGCAGAGACAACAACAAAUGGAAAUAUCGAAGUGAAUGUAUGUUACACGCAUUAUGGUCAUGAACCGGAACUCCAACAUACCUGGCUACCAAAGAGUAAACGCCAACAAAUAGCGGCCUUGUUACAACAAGGAGUCUCUAGGGACAAAAUUCUAAGCGACAUAAGAGAUUCCGCAAUGCAAGAAGGCAAUGAGUUCGCCCGGUACCACUUAACUGCGAGAAAGGACAUCGCCAACAUCAUGCAGUCAUUCGGGAUAAGUGAUGUGCAAAAGCAUCCUGACGACCAAGAAAGCGUGAGAGCUUGGGUAGAGGAGUGGAGUAAAAGUGAAAACAAUCCUGUUCUUUUUCACAAAUACCAAGGCGAGCCUGCUCCUGACGGAUAUGAUUUAACUGAAGACGACUUCAUGAUUAUUAUACAGAGUCCGUUCCAGAAAGAUAUGGCCCAUAAAUUUGCCAGUAAUGGUAUCUGUAUUGACGCAACACAUGGCACAACUGGUGACGACUUUCCGCUGACAUCCUUGGUAGUGGUAGAUGAAUAUGGAGAGGGUUUUCCAAUUGCCUGGUGUCUGUCCAACCAUGAAGACUUUACACACAUGUGUGUAUUCUUCGAAAUGGUAAAACGGAAUUGUGGGGUCCUGACACCAAGAUGGCUCAUGUCUGAUUUGGCCAGUCAGUUCUACAAUGCCUGGUUGGGGGUGAUGGGAGGCAAGCCAUUGCGACUGUUGUGUACUUGGCAUGUCGAUAAAGCAUGGCAAACUGAGUUGCGAGCCAAAGUUAAGGAUACAGGUAAGUCAAAAGUCAGACUAAUCAAACACAAGCAUUUUGUCACGUGUAUGAGUUUGGAAACCCCGGUAAAUUUUGAAUCAGUAAUUAAGAAAUUAGAUAAUAAACGCUUGAGACAAUAAGAAGUGAGCCAUUACAACAUUUGUUAAUUAUUAAAACAGUCAAAACAAUGAAAACCGUGUUAUUACAACAAUUCGUAAUUAUAAAUUAACAAACCAAUGUACAGGGUGUCUCAAAAAAAACCAAAAUCAUUGAAAUAACGUAUUGUUCGAAUUUCAAUGCCGUAACACAAAGGAUUUUGACAGGGUGAUUAAUUUGUUUUAAAAAAUUAAAAUAUCUUUGUAAAGUGAACGUUUGUUUGCUCAUGGGAAUUUAAAAAUGCUUCGUAAAUUGUAAUAUGCGUAAUAUGCAUUCGUGGGUUUAGUACUUUAUGCCUGACAUAACAAGUUUACGCUGAGUAUUACCAUUCAUUAUAGCAGUUAUGUCAAUCUUUUAUGCACUCGUGGGAUUAACUUAGUGCUAGGGCAUUGAAUAUCGAACAAUACGUCAAUUUCAAUGAUUUUGGGUUUUUUUGAGACACCCUGUAGUUCAGUUUGCACAUUUUAAUCACACAACUUUACUCGAUUUCACAAGCGACAGUCAUACAGGGUGUCCCCAAAAAAGAAAACUAUGGAAAUAUCGUAUUGUUAGAAUUUGAAUGCCUCAGCACUCUGCUGAACCCACACGUGAUCAAAGCUUGACGUAAGUAAAUUUUAUGCUUGAAGAAACCGUUUAAGAAGCUGUUUUAAAUUCCUAAGAGCAGAAAAUCGUGCGCUUUACAAUAAGGAUGUUUUAAUUUCUUAAUAUUAAGUCAAUAAUAUUUAAUAUAUGCACCUUGUCAAUAUUUUACGCAUCUUUGCGUUCAGCUUAGUGCUAGAGCAUUCAUAUUUUAACAAUACGUUAUUUCAACGGUUUUGCGGUUUUUUUGGGACACCCUGUACAGUGUGUCCCCCAAAAAAGGCUACCCUUUGAAGUCAAGCGCUAGUGCCGCAUGUUCGAAUUUGAAUGCUUUAACUCCCUAAUGAGCCCUGGAAUGCGUAAAACGUUAUACUGUACGUAGUCAAUUAUAUUCAUGCAUUCCAUUCUGUGUUAUUUUAGCGGAACAAAUUUCAAUUAAUUUGCAAUGCAUGCAUAAAAAUGCUCUGCUAUAACGUUUUACGCAUUCCAGGGCUCAUUAGGGAGUUAAAGCAUUCAAAUUCGAACAUGCGGCACUAGCGCUUGACUUCAAAGGGUAGCCUUUUUUUUGGGACACACUGUAGACUAUUAAAACAUAGACUAGUAAAACAAUAGACUAUUGUCGAUUCAGAAGUUAUUUCAUAAACUCGUGGCUCGCAUUCAACCAGGGUUUCCAAACACUUGACUGUUCACCAAAACACUCAAGACAAUGGAAUUCAUUCGACUGUUUUUCAAAAUACUCAAGACAAUGGCAUUCAUUCGACUGUUUUUCAAAACACUCAAGACAAUGGAAUUCAUUCGACUGUUUUUCAAAAUACUCAAGACAAUAAAAACCACUCGGCCAUUCCGGCCUCGUGUUUCAUUAUCUUUCGUGUUUUACAAAUUCUCGAAAACAAUAAAAAUUGCUUGGUAAACAGCCUUGUGAAUCCCAUUGUUCUCGCAUGUUUGGAAACCUAGCUGAUAAAACACUCGCACUCAUUUAUGAAACAUUACCUAAAACUUUCAUUUACAAAAUAUUAAUAAAGCUUUUGGGUUACUUUUCCCUAUAGUUGUGGCAGCAGAGAUUUACAAAAUGUUGCGAACUGUUUUGCAGCAAACAGAUGUCACUUUAUUUCAAGAUUAUCUUGCUCAGCUUCUUGAAUGCCUUCCAUCGCUUAGCCUGGAAUUUUGCCAGUAUUUUCAAAACGAAUGGCUAGGUAGAGAGGAGUGGUGGGCAUAUUGCUACCGGGCAGGUUUAGGUAUUAACACCAACAUGAUGGUUGAAGCAUUUCAUCGUGUUUUCAAGUAUAACUAUCUCAAAGGAAAAUACAACAAACGAGUCGACAACUGCUUAGUCAACCUACUCAAGUUCACACGGGAUAAAUUAUUUGAAAGAUUAAUCAAGCUCACCAAAGGAAAGAGCACCAGCAAGCUCAGAAAUAUUCAAGAUCGUCACAACAAAAGCAUGGCAUUAACAAUUGAUAGCGUCGAAUGCGUCGAUGGGUCGAAAUGGCUAAUUAAGAGUGAAAAUAAUUGCAAUACAUACACAGUUAGCAAGCAACAGCAUACAUGCACAGAUGCAACAUGUCAGUUAAAAUGCACAGAAUGUAACAUUCCAAUAUGCAUACACCAAUAUAUAUGCACCUGUCCAGAUUGUCUCAUUCAGCAUACCAUAUGCAAGCACAUACACCUAUUACAGCGUUUCUUGUCUUCCGACAAGAAACUGACAAGAAACUGACAGAAACUGAUGCUGAAAUGGAAGUUACAGAUAGUUCACAAGAUUUUGUAACUAGUGAAUUGCACCUUCUGUCAUCGCACAUCCACACACAAAAUAAAGCACCAAAUGAUCUUGCAUCACUCAAACAGGAAAUUCGUGGGAAACUUCUCACAUUAGGGGAACAGAUUGAUUUGUGUACCAACAAAGAAGCACUACAGCAGCUAGCUAAACAAAUCAAUGCCGCACAGAAUCUGUUUUCAUCACUGCAAAAACACGUAGGUCACCACAAGAUGCAGCCAAUAACAAACACACCGGCUAACAAGAAUAUCGAAAAACAGAAAGGAUUUCGAUCAACGAAGAAAAAAACAAGAACGACUAACAGAACCCGAUUCACAAAGCCAAGCACCGAGGAUAUUUGUUCACUCUUUCCACAAACUAAUAAUGGUAUGGUACUUUUCUAAUCAAUAUGUUUAGUUUAGGUACCGGUCAUUAUUUUUUUUAUUAUUAUUAUUAAUGGUUUAAGAUACACACCUUCGCAAUAGAUUGAAUUAUGGUGCGUUUACAAAAUUGGUACGCUAUAUAUUUACAUAUAUAAAAAAUUUAGUUGCAUGCAUCAAGUCUAAAAAUCUUAUUGAAUUGCAUUAAAAUCAUCGUAAUUAAGUAUCACGCUUAAGUUUCUUUACUAUAACUAUUAUAUAGAGCUACUGUACUGGGAAAAAAGCUACGGCGAUAUCUUUCUGUUCGGCAUUUUAUUGUUGUUAAUGUGUUAGAGUUUCUAAGUUCAUAAUCAUUUGAACUAGCCCUAGACAAUGGAACAUAUUUUGACAGUGGUCCUUCAAUUUCUAUGCGUUUCAUAGUAUUGAGGCAAUGUCGUUCUCGCCUUUCAUCCAAUCUGGAACACCCAAGUUGUGCUAAUGCUUCCCUGUAAGAGUAACCCGGUAAAAUGAUCCUCAGCGCUCGUUUUUGCACUCGCUCUAAAUCAUCGGCGAGGUACAAAGGUAGGGCAUGAUGCCAUACCACACAACAGUACUCCAGAACCGAUCGUAUUAAGGCAAAGUAUAUACUCAAUAAGUCUUCCGCGGGGACACCACCUCGUCGUAAUAUGCGGAUGAUAUAUAAACGUUUAGAAGCCUUGGAUACAACUGAUUCUAUGUGUGCAUUCCAUUUAAGAUCGUUUUGGAUAACCAGACCUAGGACUUUAUGAGACCGCACAACCUCAAGCGCAUGACCGUCGAUCAACAAUGGUGAUAGAUCAGGUGAUUCCCGCAGAAAGCAAACGCGUAGUUCUUUGCACUUUUUGUGGUUAAGUUUCAUAAGGUUGCACGAAGCCCAAGAAUUUAUAGUAUCAAUACAGAAUUGAAACUUUGAAUUGCUGCCCUUUGUGAUAUUUUCAGAUGUUGAUAUGUCAUCCACAAAUUUCCAAAUAUCCGUUGCGUGUGGUUUCACAUCGAGAUCAUUUAUCAUCGCCAAAAACAGAAUUGGACCGAGUUUAGUUCCCUGGGGGACACCCGCAUUCAUUGGCAACCAGUCUGACGUUUUUCCUCCAAGUUUGACCCGAUGACGGCGGUUAGUUAGGAAGUUGAUAAUCCAAGGCAACAGGGACGAUCUAACACCUAGGUCCAACAGCUUUAAUAUUAGUAAAUUAUGUCCUAUACGGUCAAACGCCUUUUCGAAGUCAAGGAAACAAAGUCUAAGAUGUUUUUCAGGACACUCUAAGUUGCACAACCAAGUGUGGAUCAUGUCUAAAAGACAAUAGGUUGUGGAUGUUCCUUUCAAGCAUCCAAACUGCUUGGGGUCGAUCUUGUCUUUAAUAUCGGUUAUCAUCCACCCGACCACGAAAUCUUCAAGAACCUUAGCCAGGCAGGGUGUCAGUGAGAUGGGUCUGGUGUCACCUUCACAGGUAGGAGGUUGUGAUUUUGGAACUGGAAUGAUGUCUGAGUCUUUCCAUAUUGCAGGCACGAUUCCAGAUGAAAGUGAUUCGUUGAAAAUAGUUGCAACAGGUUCGGCUAAUUCAUGGGAAAACUCUUUCAGGAUACGACAGGGGACGUUGUCUGGGCCGUGAGCUUUGAAAGGUUUAAUUUCUAAGAGCUUUUUAGAUACUUCAUGCGGUUGAACUGUUGGAGCAGGUUCUUUGGCCGGAAGAAAUGCCGGGAGUGUCGCUAAAUUAAGUGGUGGAAUGUCACUAUUCACCGAUGCAUAGAACACAUUCAAAGCUCUAACUAAUUCUGAUUGAUCCAGAGUUCUUCCAUCAUGUUCAAGCGAGAAGGAGUUCUUUCCAGAUUUUCCUGCCAUUUUAUUUACGAUUUUCCACCACAUACGGCAGUCAUCCUUCUUUAAAUGUUGUACCUUUGUUUUGUAGUACGAUAUUUUCCUCGCAUUGAUUUCAUGUUGGACCUUAUAUUUCAACGAUUUCCACAAGAUUGUAUUAUGACCAUGAAACGCCUUUUGUCGAUAUUUGAUAAGCUGUUUUAUUGCAGGCGUUAUCCAUGGUUUAUCGGUGUGAUGACGUGUUGACGUCUGUUGUGGGAAGAUUCGGUCAAUAUUUUCUGUUAACUGGUUUGUAAACGAGAUUGCCAAGCUAUCAACAGUAGGGUUGGGUUCAAGGUCACAAAACCAAUUAUGUGUGGUAACCCAUCUUCCGAAAGCAUCUAUUCCUGAUCUGGGAUAGCGCCGUACUAAGGAUUUAACAGGUUUUGCUUGGAUGUUGUGGCUGGGCAUGCUAUCGACUGAAGGUAGCCAGUGUACAAUAUUAUGGUCACUGGAUCCUAAUGGAGCAAGGACAUUAGGGCGGUCAUAUAAAUUAUACAGGUUUGUAAGAAUAAGAUCGAGUAUUGCUGAUUCUCUAGUGGGUUGGUCAACAACUUGUUUAAGAUUUUGACUGGUGGUCAAACUGCGAGUUUCAAGAUCAUUAAAAUCACCCAUAAUUACUAGACCAAGGUCAGGGUGGUUAUUUCGAAGUAGGUCAAUAGUGUUAAUUAAAUGUUCAUUAAGAUCACUGUGUUCCGAUAUUGUCAGACCAGGUGGGUGAUACACGACACAGAUAACGAUACCGGAUAGAGGUCUAGGGAGGCGUUUCGGUCGAAUGCUCAGCCAUAAGCAUUCUAAAUUCUCACUUUCUAGGUCUACCCGUCGUAUACAAGGGAUGUCUUUUUUAAUAUAGGCACAAACUCCGCCACCUCGUCCAAUUGCGCGAUCUUUACGGAAUAAAUUGUAAUCGUUAAUUGACAAUAAGCUGCUGUCUAUGUGUUCGUGUAACCAUGAUUCAGUUAUUGCGAUAAUGUCAAUGGGCUUGAAACUUAGUAAUGCUGUCAAUUCGUCCAGCUUUGGAAGGAGUGAGCGGAGUGGCACAGAAGGGGAGUGGCACAGAAGAGAAAAGGGUUGGGUAAACAAAAUUUUAAGUGAGUAACAGGUUGGGUAAAUAUAAAAAACCUCAAAGGACAGGUUAGGUAUAAUGACAAUUUAGUCUCAUUUCCAAAGCAUGACUAACUGAAAUAUUGCAGACUAUAAAAAGCCAUGUCAAUAGUCAUAAGCAAAUACAAUAUUAAGUAAAUCAAUCACUCACUCAGAGUCACUAUUUUGUUCAUUUUCCGAUUUGUCAGGAGGCAAAUGGUGUAUUUCUGCAAUGAAAGUACAUGUGCAGAUCAAACAUCAAACUUUACACUGUAUAAAUUAAUUGAACAAGUAGUUAUCAAACUCAUUUUAAUGACUUAAAAGUGGUAAAGAAAGGACAUGUGUAACAACUGAAUGAUAUCCUUUUGUGAAAAUUUUGGCCAACGGUGGGUAUUUAUUUUGUUAUUGACAUAUGAGGUUGGCCAAAAUGUGUUUUAAUAUUUUAAUUAUUGGAUGAGCAAAAUUUUUACCAAGAAAAACAUUUCUCUUCGGUGCCACCGCCCCCACCAUAAUUAAUGAAAUAUCAAUACAGGCAUUUUAAGCACUGAUUUUAAGUUGUUGUCACCAUGGUGACAUUCAUUAAACACACAACGUUUUCCAAAAUGCCUGGAUAACUAUGAUUUAAUUUAGCAUUUAAUUUAUAGUAAAGUUAACAAAUAAUAUAUUUAUUUUAUAGUUAAAGAGUUGCUUAAAAGCUUUGGGGUUUCAAACAAAGUCAUCAAGACGGUUAUGGAGACAAAUGGGCUUAUUUCAGAUAACGACCUACACCUUGACAAAGACCAUCCAUCAGCAGAGGCACUGAAUUACAACAUGAUGUCUAUCAAACGCUACCUAAGUCCAGAUGCCUGGGAUAAAGUUAACAACUUAUGUAUGUAUUAAACUAUGACUAAGCUAAUUACCUCAUCUUUUUACUAAUUACUAAUGGCUAAUUACCGCAUCUCAUAAAGAUCUUGUGUAGCCAUGGCCUUUAUUGCUAGAUCUAGCUAGAUACACUAUUUUAUAAAUACACUAUUCAAUAAUUCUUUAAUAAAUACACUAUUUUAUAAUGUUUGGCAGUUCAUUACUAAUAUAACUAUUAAUAAUGAACUGCGCCAAACAUUAUAAAAUAGUGUAUUUAUUAUUUUUAAUAAUUUAUAUAUAUAAGUUAAGUUAAGUUGAAAAUGUGGAAAGAUAUUGCCUGCCGCGGCUGGGUUUUGAACCCGCGACCUUCGUAUUAUAUUAUAAAUUAAAAUUUUAUUUUAUAUAUUUUAUAUAUAUUUUAAUAUUUAUUUAUAUAUUUUAAUAGUACAAGAUCUGCAAGACGAGUGGAAGUGCUGCACAUGUGACAAAGCCAAGUUUGAAGACAUGAUAAUGUGUGAUUCCUGUCUGACCUGGCAUCACUGGUAAGCACCCUCGCCCAAUCUUUUUACAAUAUUUUUUACCAAUUAUAUACUAGCUAUACUGUAUUUACUUAUUUGUACUGUAAGUAUAAAUACGGUAUACUCAUUCCAGUGGUCAACAACUAAUUAGCAGUCCAGUCUAUAAAUUGCAUUAUACUGUAUAAUUACCCAUUUUUACCCAUUUUAUACCGUACAUAUUUUUUCACACUUAGGAAAUGUGUAAAAAUUGAAAAUGAAAAUGAUGAAUGGUAUUGCCAAAUCUGUGAAAAUCUAAAUCAGGUAAAUGUGUAUUAUAUGGUAAUACACAUAUGUAGUAUAUAUACUAUAUAGUAAAGCUAUAUGGUCUACUUUAUAAUUAGUGCUUGCAAAACUUGUAUAUUGCAGUCAUGCAACACACAUUUUUAGUGAUCAUUAUCCACUUGACUUCUUCAUAUGAAUGUAAUAAUAAUUUUGCAGCACAAUUACUGUGUCAGUUAAAUUUAUAUGUGAUAAAAAUUAUGUAAUUUACAUAAAAUUUUAGUUUUAAUUUUCUCAGCCUAGACAAUAUCGAACUAGAUGGGUUGUUUUUGAUCCAUUUAAAGCACUCCCAGUCUGUGCUUUGUCAGGUAUAAUAUCCUAUUAUCCUGAGGUGCAUUCAAGUAGUUUUAUACCUCAUAAAACACUAGUCCUGCUCAUGUUUUAAAUAGUAUACUAUAUAAGGCAAUAUCAAAACUUGGCAAGACGUCUCGGCAAGCAGGCAGGCUCAUAUCAACAUGCAGGCUCUAUAACUGGGACAAACUAGUUAGGGUUUGACACAGGUUUGAGGACAACCAAAUUACAGUACCAAGGUGCAACCUUGUAACAAUAUUGUUCCAAGUGUAAAUAUUAAUUAUAAAACAGGCUCUUAACUUCUUUUAAUAAGGUAUUAACACUUUUUUGCAUUGCAGGAUAUGUCAUCAUAA